CUCUCUCAGCCCAGAGAAAGAGACAUGGAUUAAAGAGAAAUAUGUGGAGAAAAGAUUUGCAAAGGAUGCCAGCUCGCCUGAAACACAGAUUGGGAGGGAGAAUGCAGGGCAUCAGCAUGGCGCAGGGGGCAGAGGUGAACUGGAGCCACGCUGAGGAGGAGGGACGCAAUGCUCUCAUAGGUUCAGCUUUUGGGGGCUCCCUAUCGGCCUGUGAGUUCCUACUGCAGAAUGGAGCCAAUCUAAACUACUGUGACCAGCGUGUUCAAGGAGCCCUUCACACUGCAGCCACCUGGGGCCACACAGGGCAAGUGUGUCUACUUCUAAAGAAGGGAGCCAAUCAGUAUGCAGUUGACGAGAGGGGGCAGGACCCACUCGCCAUUGCCAUAGAGACAGCACAUGCCGAUAUUGUGACCCUACUACGAAUGGCUCGCAUGAAUGAAGAGAUGAGAGACUCAGAGGGAUUCUUUGGAUCUAUGGGUGACGAUGAGACAUUUCAAGACAUCUUCCGUGACUUCAGUGAUAUGGCUUCACACGAUCCAGAAAGACUCACCCGUCGACAGUUCAGCAGAAGCGGAGAAGAGGAGGAACAGGACAAGAGAAUGGUGAAUGACCAGCACAAGGCAGAGAAGGAGGAGGAAGAGACAUAGGGAGAAUCUCAAUUGCAUACUCCUCGCGUCCUCUCUCCUGCCCCAAUUCUUGUGAAUGGAUGUUACAUAGGAUGGAUGCAUAUUAACUGUGUUUGCUCAGUCUGCUGUAAUGCCCCAAAAGCACAUAAAUAAGGAAGAUAAAAGUGUUACAUAUUGAAAUACUAAAGUAUUAUAUUUUUAUGUAUUGGUAUGGACUGUAGCCACUUCAAUAUUUCAGAUGUUAUUAGAUUACUUACACUUACUGACUGAACUGCUGCAUGCAGUAGCCUAUACAUGUUACUAUUUACAGGUCAUCAGUUUUUGUUUGCAGAGGAAAUAAGUGGACCAAAACUGUCAAAUGAGAAUGCAGGGAUUUAGAAUGCAUUAUAAAGCGGGUAGUUUGGGUCCUGAUUGGCUGAAACAGCAUUUCAGCUGUGUGUAUAUCAGACAAUAUGAUGCAGAAAUACUUGUUUACUGUUCUACUUAUGUGGGUAUCCAGUUUAUAAAUGCAAUUAGGCACAUUUUACAUUUUAGUCAUUUAGCAGACGCUCUUAUCCAGA